AUGCCCUGCGUGCUAUAUACUAUACAUUUUGAUCAUGUUGAAACCUGUUUGGCUGAGAAUGUUGCUGCCAUAGAACCAAAGAUAAAAAUGAUGAAAGAGGAAAGAAGCAAAAGAAAAGGUAAUAGAGAAGGGGCUAAAGAAAAGGGAAAAUUUGAAAGACAAAGGACAUGCUACUCUACUAACCAGGAUAUGGAUGAUGUUGAUGAUGAUGAUGAUGAUGAUGAUGAUGAUGAUCCCCUCAUCCUUAGGAGAAAGGUGCCCGAAAAUGGAGAUAUCGGAGCUUGGCAACCAUCUUGUGUCAUAGGCCGACCCGGAAUCGAUGCGGUUGCAUCAGCCAAAACCAGAAGAAUUAUUCAAGGUGUUGCAAAAGAUGCAGAGGAAUUUGAUCCAUUUUCAGAGCGCGGAGCAAAAGAGGGAGGCUCUGAAAUUGUUGGAUCUUGA